GCAGAAACGUGCCCCAACUUUGUUGCUCCUGGCCGCUCCCUUCCUCGAUCCCAUGGUUCCAGAUGCGGGUACUGUACCGGAAGCCAUGACGCAUCCUUGAUGAGCCAAGUCAAGCUGAACCUGAACGACCGCUUGAUGAGUCCCGAGUUCGUCGCCCCCAUUGGUCGUCACUGCCUCAUCACGCCGUUGGUCGCGUCUGUAACUGUCCCUGACGCGGUUGUGGUCGUCCAUAUUCACAACCUAGGUCCAAAUCAAGCCAACACUGCCUCUUCUUCGCCUGAAUUUCUGGUUUGCGUUGCAUUGCGCAUUGUCAUGCACUUUGAGCGCUUCCGGUCUCUCGGGUCGCGAAGGCAGCUGGUCUCCGGCAAGCGUCCUACUGGAUAUGCCAGGAAACAGGUAUCCACCGCAAAGCAUCGUCUGCUAGGGUUUUGGUACUGCAAAUUGUCUCGGUCCGUCUUCAAGCAAGUCAACACAUUCUGGCGGUAA